AUGGCGCUACCAAGUGAAAUUCUAGCUUCCGCAAUUGUAAACCCUAAAACAACGAUCAACACCAUCGCAUUCAAGCUCGAUGAAAACAACUUCGUUCCAUGGAGACGUCAAGCACUAGCCUUCAUAAAAUCGAAUAAACUCAAGGAGCAUCUCGAUCCAAGAAAAGUACUGAGGAGAUAUGGAUCUGAACAAGAUCGAUUGACAAACACUGAAACGAAGGAGUUCGAAGCUUGGGAGCAAGAGGAUCAAUUCUUAGUCUCGUGGUUCUUUGCCUCAAUGGAUCCAGAAUUUACUCAUCAGUUGGCUGAGAUCAAAAAGGUAACAAACUCACUUUCUGCAUUAGGUGCACUUCUUACUAGUGAGGAAUUUGUCGAAGCAGUAGCUCAAGGCUUAAAUGAGGAUUAUAGUGCUUUUAUUACUAUGAUAAAUUCAAAGGCUGAUGAAAUAACUGAGAGUGAGGUGGAGGCAUUAUUAGUAGGACAAGAAGAAUUAGUUGAGCGAUUUAAGAAGAAUGUACUUGGCACUAUGCAGGAUUGUUAUCACAGGUUUAAUCAGAACUAUCAAAGACCUUAUGAAGCAGCAUCAAAUCCACCAACUCCACCGUCUUCAGCCUUUCAUCAACCACAGUCACAAACAGACUCACAGUCACGAGCAUUGGUUGCAGCUACGCCGUCAACCACACCUUUGACGGAUAGAGCGUGGUAUUUGGACACAGGAGCAUCACAUCACCUUAUAUUUGAUGGCAACAAUCUAGUUACAGGCUCAGAGUAUGAAAGCUCAGAGCAGGCGUUCACAGGUAAUGGUCAAGGUUACUCCUCUCAUCAUAAAGGGUACAAAUGUCUCUCACCUUCCGGCAAACUCUAUGUUUCCAGACAUGUCUUAUUUGAUGAAUAUGAGUUUUCUUAUCAAUCUCUCUUCUUCAAUCAAACUCCAAAACUGAAAUCUGUUGUCCCACACCUCCAAACUAUCACAUCUACACCAUUGCACCUCAUUCUAGCCCACACCAUUGUCCAACAAAACCAUCUCAACACACAAGCCACAUCUUCAAUUAGUACUUCCAACACUACUAGCCCUCUCAUACAUGAAACACCUGUCCCUAACUCAGACGCCACUCUACACCGUCAAAUACUAGACCCUGCACAACAAUCCCUUUCCCAACCAUCUCCACCGUCCUCCACACCCUUAGCUCAACCUGAGUCUUCAGCCAAUAUUAGUGCUGCUCAUAACUGUCCAUUAACUGAUGAUACUGCUUUAACUACUUCUACUUCUGUAUUUCCCUCAAGUAAUGCAGGGUUAGCUGAGCAGUUAGAAAGAGGACACGUAGCUAUGCCCACUACAGCGCUUACUCGAACGCAUCCUAUGGUUACUAGAAGCCAGGCUAGAAUUUUUAAGCCGAAACUGUUCAUUGCACUGGUUCCGGGUAAUGUUUUAGACCUCACACAAGUUGAACCUUCUUCAGUGGUACAAGCACUAACCUCUCCGCAUUGGAAAGCCGCAAUGGAUGAGGAGUAUGCAGCACUUUUGAAGUGCAAGACAUGGAACUUGGUUGAAGAGUCACCAACAGUCGAACCAAUUGGAUGUCACUGGGUAUUUCGCAUCAAAAGACAGCCGGGCGGGACAAUUCAGAAGUACAAAGCGAGGUUGGUCGCAAAGGGAUUUCAUCAGCAAGAAGGUUUGGACUAUGAUCAAGUUUUUAGUCCGGUUGCCAAGCCUACAACAGUACGCACAUUGCUGUCUAUUGCUGUUUCAAAAGGAUGGAGAGUGAGGCAGUUUGAUUUCAACAACGCAUUUUUCAAUGGGGAUUUACAUGAAAAAGUGUACAUGGUGCAACCUGAGGGUUGUGCACUUGGUUCUGGCCUUGUGUGCAAAUUGGAGAAGGUCUUAUAUGGCUUGAAACAGGAUCCAAGAGCCUAG